CGGGUCAGGUCAUGCCUGGAAUAUGUAAGUUAAAAAAAUGGAGCGGAUGCUUUCGUUCCGUUUGCAUGCCAAGAAGGUGGUGGUGCGAUGGUGGUGGCGGUCCCAGGCAACCAACCAUGCUCCCUUUGUCUUUAAAGAAGGGAAGAAGACCGCUCUACAGAGGAAACAGGAUUUUCUGCCAUAGACUCGAUCCGCCAGCAGAAAAAAUGAGGCGCUCGCAGAAUUUCUCGACGCUUGUUUCUGCUUUCCUGCUGCUCGUCAUCGGCAUUGGCGAGUUCAUGACAUGCGCUUCCGCUUUCAACGUGCCGAUGAUGUUCGUGUUUGGCGACUCGUUUGUGGACUCCGGAAACAACAACCAUCUCAACACAACUGCUCGAGCAAACCAUCAGCCUUACGGCAUAAACUUUGAGGAGAGGCGUGCCACCGGAAGAUGGUCCGAUGGAAGGAUUGUAACGGACUACCUGGCGGAUUACAUCGGCCUGUCGUAUCCUCCGUGUUUUUUGGACUCCGUCAACAUCACUCGAGGUGCAAACUUCGGCUCGGCUGGCUCUGGAAUCCUCAACAUUACCCAUAUCGGAGGGGAAGUUCUAACGUUCACGGACCAAGUAAACGGCUUCGACAUGUACGUUACGAACCUGAACCAGAUGCUCGGAAGAACGCUGUCCGAGUACUUGGUGUCCAGAUCCAUCUUCUACAUAAACAUCGGCAACAACGACGUGAAUGACUACCUUUUGGAUCACAAUGCCACAGCGCUUCCCUUCGGCUUUCGUGCCAGCCUCCUGUACCAAAUGCAAACCAAGAUCCAGCAACUCUACCGAGCCGGGGCUCGCAAGAUGAUCGUCACGUCGAACUACGCUCUCGGCUGCGCGCCAAUGUACCAGAUUUACGGGAGGUGCAACCCGGUCGGCCUGAACGCCGCCAGGUACUACAACCAGGGCCUGUUUGAUCUCCUCCAGACUCUCCAGCGCACGCUCAGAGGCCUCGUCAUUGUCUACGCCAACGCCUUCCAAGUCAUGAUGGACGUCCACCAGCAGCCACUUUUCUACGGAAUGCGCAAUGUCACACACCCGUGCUGUCCGAACUUCAGCCGACCCCAGAACCGCUGGUGCUACUCGUCCGAUACGUUCUGCCAGCAGCCGUCGGGAUACUUGUUCUGGGACACGGCUCACCCGACCGAUGCCUUCAACCGCAUCGCCGCUCAGAGGUUCUGGCAGGGAGACUUAAGAUACGCGUUCCCGAUGAACGUCCGGACCCUGGCCAAUCUCUAAGUUCAAGAGCUGCUCUUGCUAC